UGACAUACCUUUCCCUUCCCUAAAAGCAGCUGAGAAUCUAUUUAUAACCCUUUCCCUGGCCAGCCGAGUGAAAUCACCCCAGCUAUAAAUGCCCCUCAAUCCACUCUCCCCACAGUAGAGAUAAGGUCUCCCUCCUCCCAAAAAAAUUCCAAAAGGAGAAAUUGACGUCAACCCUUCAUCCCCACUCCCUACCUCCAACGGGCUAGGCCAAGUGCCUGAGGGCAGAACACCCGAGCACUUCAGACUUUGGUGUUGGGGACUGGGGGAUCAGUUAGAUAGAUUUUCAUGGUAACCCCCUGACUUGGGGUAGAGUAGGUAGGGUGUAAUGUGCUGGUGAGGUCAAGAUGAGCUCAAGCAGCAGCGGCAGCGACAGAAGUUCACAUCUUGCAUUUGGCCACGAGUUCACUGACCUGGAGGUGAGAGCUGGUCGGGUGCUACCCCCCAUGGUACUGGAGGGCCUUCUGGGCUCUGAUGAUGAGGAACAGGAAGACCCCACCGAUUACUGCAGGGGUGGUUACUACCCAGUGAAGAUUGGAGACCUGUUCAAUGGACGAUACCACGUGGUUCGAAAGCUGGGGUGGGGCCACUUCUCUACAGUCUGGCUCUGCUGGGAUAUCCAGCGGAAGCGGUUUGUGGCCCUGAAGGUGGUGAAGAGUGCUGUCCAUUAUACUGAGACUGCCGUGGAUGAGAUCAAACUGCUCAAAUGCGUCCGGGACAGCGAUCCCAGUGACCCCAAAAGAGAGACUGUCGUGCAGCUCAUCGAUGACUUCAGAAUCUCAGGGAUCAAUGGUGUCCAUGUGUGCAUGGUAUUGGAGGUUCUGGGCCACCAGCUCCUCAAAUGGAUCAUCAAAUCUAACUACCAGGGCCUGCCUCUCCCCUGUGUGAAGAACAUCAUGCGGCAGGUGCUGCAGGGCCUGGAUUAUCUCCACACCAAAUGUAAGAUUAUCCACACUGACAUCAAGCCGGAGAACAUUCUUCUGUGUGUGGGUGAGGUCUACAUCCGAAGGCUGGCAGCAGAGGCCACACUGUGGCAGCAGUCAGGGGCCCCACCUCUUUCUGGCAACACUGUGAGCUCUGCACCCCAGCAGAUCAUGAAUGGCAAGCUCUCUAAGAACAAGAAGAAGAAGAUGAGACGCAAGCAGAAACGGCAGAAACAGCUCCUGGAAGAACGCCUUCGGGACCUGCAGCGCCUGGAGGACCUGGAGGGUGAGAGGGGCCUGGAAGGCCUGCUGGCUCCACCACCCCAGCCCCCUGACGUGGACUCAGACGAAGCUGUAGGGGCCACAUGCACCAACUCACAGCUGGGCGAAAGCAGCGGGACCACCCUUGCCGAGGCCUCGGGGGGCAGCUUGGCAUGCAGUCCCCAGAGCCUGACCUCCUCUUCAGGCUGUCAUCCAUGGGGAGGUGGAGGGGCCUCCCCAGCCUCUUCCUCACCACCUCAGGGACAACACACAGGCAACCGAGGCUUCAGCCCUGACUCGCAGACUUCUGGAUUUUCGGGGUCCCUCUUCUCCCCUACCUCGGGCUCCACCCUUUCAGGCUUUUCAAACCGUCGGGAGAAGGGGAGACUUUGCUCCCUCAGCAGAACAUUCAAUGCCUCAGACUUCCUGGUGAACCCUCUGGAACCACAGAAUGCAGACAAGAUCAAGAUUAAAAUCGCUGAUCUCGGCAAUGCGUGCUGGGUGCACAAGCACUUUACUGAGGACAUCCAGACCAGACAGUACCGGGCAAUCGAGGUGCUCAUUGGAGCUGAGUAUGGCACACCUGCCGAUAUCUGGAGUACUGCCUGCAUGGCUUUUGAGUUGGCCACGGGAGACUAUCUGUUUGAGCCACACUCUGGAGAAACCUACACUCGAGAUGAAGAUCACAUUGCCCACAUUGUGGAACUCCUUGGAGACAUCCCUCCAGCCUUUGCCCUCUCUGGCCGCUAUUCACGGGAAUACUUCACUAGACGAGGUGAGCUCCGUCACAUUAAAAAUCUCAAGCACUGGGGUCUGUAUGAAGUCCUCAUGGAAAAGUAUGAGUGGUCACUGGAGCAGGCAACACAGUUCACAGACUUUCUGCUGCCCAUGAUGGAGUAUAUCCCCGAAAGGCGGGCCACUGCUGCCCAGUGCCUCCAGCACCCCUGGCUUAACUCCUAAGCCUAACUCCUCCUGUUCUCCCUGCCCUAGUUUGCUGUGGUAGAGGGUGGCCUGCUUUUGAAAUGUGCCUGGGGACCAUGCCAGAUGGGGGAGACCAUCUCAAGAGGUCAGGGCACCACUUCAAGUGAGUUCAGCCCCAGCCCCCAGGCACCAGGAUCACACAAUCGGCACCUGUGCCACUGGGAGGGGCAUCUAAAGCUGACCCCAGUCCCCCCAUGUCUCAGAACCUUGGUGCACCCUCCUUUCAGGCCCAUAGAUAGUGUGCUAAGUCAUGCUGGAUCGGUUUAACCAGCAGUGUUUCUGGAGAAAGAUUUAGAGUUGUUUUCCAACCUGUUUCCCUCCUUUCUGAUCCCAAUUUUCAG